AUGCUCGAAAAGGACGUGUACAACCUCGACUUCGACGCCCUCACCUACGACGAGCUCCUGAGCAUUCUCAAGCGGGUUACCCACACCCAGAUGGAGGCCUUGGUCGUGCAGGAACAGCAAAGCCAACUGCUCGAGCAGCAGGAGGCGCACCGGGUGGAGAAGUUUCUCGAUGUGGGGAUUGACUACAAAGGCUCCAACGCCUCCUCCCCGCAUCCGCGAUCCCCCAACUCCGAGGACACGAAUGGGAAUAAAAAUGAAGGGAACGACGAAGGUUAUACCUACCACGCGAUGCUCACAAACCUCUUUGAGGCGCUUAACCGGAAUAAUGAGGGUAGCGCGAUGACGGAGCGGAACCAAAUUCCCGUCCCCAUUCUCGAAAAGAUCGGCAAGAAGAAGACCGCCAUCUCGAACUUCGGACGCAUCUGUGAGGCCUUCCACCGCUCGAUGGAGGAUGUGAAGGAUUUCAUCGAGAAGGAGCUCUCCAUUCGGGGUAACCUCGACAGCAACAACGCCCUGAUUCUCAAAUUUGAAAUUCGCAAGGCGACCGAUUUCGAUCGCACCCUGAUUAAAUACCUGGAUGAGUACGUCAAGUGUUACUCCUGCCAUCGGAUUGAUACGACGCUGACGAAGGAUGGGCGGCGGUUGGAGCUGCGCUGCAACUGGUGCACGGCCACCCGCACGGUGCAGGCGGUGAGCUCCGCGACGUAUAGCGCGCAGAUCGAAAAACGCUCCCGCCAACGCGCAGCGAUGACUUUGUAA